AUGCGCGGCAGGACCUGGUGUGUUCGACCAAGUAUUCUUAGAGGAGCGGCGAAAGAAACAUGGCAUGAGGCGAAAUUUCUCCUUUCUCAAUUUUAUAGACGCAGAAACUAUAUUAGAGGAUGGUUUGGUUAUGGGAUGCUUGAUCAUUUUUUUUUAGAGCAACAGCGAUUGAAACCGGACAUGGAGGUUAGAAUAGAAAUAUUUUCGGCAGAUGCAGAAGGGUAUCACGUGAUUUACCACAAAUGUGAAGCAAAGGCGAUGGAUAAGGAGAGGCUUUGGGACAAGCAGGGAAUUCGUGACAUGAUAUGGGAAAUGGUGAAGGGAACAAAUCGGAGCACCUACCGGAAGCGAGAGCGAGCAGUGAAUGAGCUGCAAGCAUAUAUUCUCCGCAACGACCUACAUGUUAGCCCUGUAACGACACCCAACCAAACUAUAAAAGCACCACAGCCAGUCAUUCCUAAGCCUCACUCUUCCGCUUCACUCUCUCAGCAAUCCAGCCACCAACCCUACCCAGACCCCCAAAUACUUCCCAAAAGCCAGGAUGUGGAGGCUGAGUCCAGGCCAAACAUCCCACCCACUACCACGUUCCCGGGACUUCAGAAACCGGGCGUGAGCGUCCGCCGCAACUGCGUUACCCUUGCUCUGACAUACCCUGUCAGGUUACUGCCUCCGGCACGGUCCGAGCAUAAGUCGGAGGUGGAGAAGGAUAAGGAUGAGGUGGAUGCGGAUGCGGAUGACGUUGGAUGGGAAGGUGUAGUACGAGUAGGAAUAUACAUGAGGCGUUUAGAGCAGGAGAAUGGUGAGCUUGGGAGAGAAUGUUGCAUUUGGGAGGAAGUGGUCAAAGCUUCAAGAUGUUUCGAAAUGAAUGAUUGGUUGCUGGCCAAGGCUGUUGAAACAGCGUGUGGGAGAAGAAGGCAUGUUGCAUUGCUGGUAAAUGGCAUGCUGAGCGUUAAGCUCAGAAAUAAAGGAAGGAGCUUCGCACUACUCGAUCUCGGCUUCAAUUGCUUGAAGUUGAUACCAACCGUUCUUGCAGUAUACGAAGAAUAUCUUGUGGCUGUUUCGACACCCCUAACCUCGCAUCACACAUCACAAGGGGUUCGCAAGCUCCCCGGUAUCACCCCUUGUCGUCCCGAAUUAGCCAACCCAAAGGAUGUCCGCGUAAAAUCGGGAAGGACGCCCUGCCCUAGCGCCUCCCCGAGGCUGAGACUGGCUGACUCGGAUGGAUUCCGACCCAUCUUGCCCGCUGUCAAUCCUGUAUCGGCAAGCCCGAACAUUCAAAACAUCUGCAGGGGCCUGAUGGCCUACCACAAAGGAAGAAUGGGGAAAGCCGAACGGAAUGCUGCCACAGAUUCACGUUGUCCUCAGGGGUUGAUUUGGUGGGUGGAAUGUGAGUGGCGGCUAUGCCGCACAAUGGAGGACAGACGGGUCGCAUGCCAGGGUUUCGGAAGGAUUAUUGGUAGUUGUAGUGACGCAGAACUCUGCGUUUUCCUGGGGGUGCGACGAGAAGCAAUUGUUUUCUUCAUUCAAUCCCGACCCAAUUAUCCUCGGAGUAGCUCUGGAAGCAUCUCUAUUCUUGGAGGGCUCCGGAAUCAACUGGUGCUGAUGCAACACUCCCUUUGCUUCGCCGCAAAAACAAAGUAUCUAGUAGUGCACCAUCCCUUGCUGGCCUUAACCACCUCAAGAAGGAUUGACAGUGUCGCAGAAGGAGAUCCCGAGGAUGUGUCAACACUAUUCUUCGUGCACAGCCGAUGUUUUCUGUUCGCCAUGAAAUGUGUCGGUGCAAUUUCGCGUCUAACAAAUGAGGGGUUCAAGGCUGCUACGGAAUUACUUCUUCUAGGGUUCAUGGCGCGCUUCUGGCCCCCUCGCAUGAAAGUCCCGUAUUGUGCCUUCAAGAUGGCAAUUUCAGCGGGCUGA